AUGACAGAACCGCUCACCAAGGUCGACUCCGCCGUUCAAGGCCUCUCGUCAUCACCUACCGAGGAAAAGACAACCCGCCGGAAAAGCUCUAGUGUGCCUGGCGUGUACAACAUCCUUGACCUGGAGGAGGACGGAACGGAGCUUGAGCUCGCCGUUGAGACUCAAAUGACUGGCUGGAAAAUCAACAAGAGCCCGUCCACCGUGGAGGACCCCGACAUCCUCAAGCUGCACCUGACAAAACCGCCCGUGAAGCGCAUUGACCUUCACUUCCCGCUGGGCAUGGAGGUGACCGCGCGGAACAUGAGAGGCGUCACUAUCAAGGAUGCCCUUGACGUCAUCUACAAGGCCUUCCGCAAGAGGUCCGACGACGAACUCGACAAACCCUACCUCGCAGGCUUCGAGUGGGACAAGGAAGAGUCCUGGACCCGCCUGGUCGUCCAUCUGCAGAAGCAGCCCACGAGCUCCAUGCCGAAAGGCGGCAACGCCGGCAGCAAGAAGAAGAAGAAGGGCAAGACCGAGGGGGACGAGUAA